UAGUCAGUGUCUCUCCAGUAAGACUUCCAUUUACUUUGAACAGAUCUGAGCAAUGCUUGUGGCUUGUCUUUCUUUCUAAGAGGUUUACAAACUCCUCAUGGCUGGAGAGAAAAAUAAGGGCUGCAUUUGCUUUGCUCUCUGGCAGAUAUGACAGAGUGCUUCCUAAAGAAUAUUUACCAGACUUUCACUCCUAUUUCUAUGUUCAACUCCUGUCCUGAAAAGGUUUUGCAUCACGAAUUACAUGUCUGUGAGAGAGCACAUGGAGCAUUUAUUAUAUGAACAUGGGCUUUUUUUAUUGUUCAAAGCUUCCUCUAGAGAAGAGGGCCAUUAACCUUGACUGCUCCUCCUUUUAUAAAUAUCAGCCUGUUCACCAAAAUUACAUUGCAUCCUGGAAGCUCAGUGAAGCAUUGAACCCUAAAACAACUUAGCACGACCAAAACAUGGCAAGAAGCAGAAACUUGGAGGAUUUUAGUCAUGUCUGAUUGUCGUUUGUAAUGUCACAGUCAUUGCUUUGGCCAAGCUGGCAACACCUUGGAAGAUGACGAGGCAAUUUCUGGCAGAGGAACGCUGUUGAGGAUCAUCCUGUCUGCUGGGCUCAAUUUCAACAGGCUUUUCCCUGAUGUGAAUGCCUCUGGAAAUCCUGCCUACCACCAUGUUCCAGCUACCAAAGCAUCAUCAUGGCUCGGAGUGCUCUCACCAGCUGUGGUCUCAGUGUGGAAACACGUGGGAAGGGGUGAGAGAAUGCAGCAUGAGCUCCUGUCUGGUGAUAUAUAAUGGCUGGAGCACUUGUUGCUGCCCCGGCACCUCCUUGUCAUCUGCCUGGGCAGCUGAGAGAAGAGGAUUGGUUCAGCUACAGCCAUGUCUCUUUGGAGUGGGAAAGCCAGACUGGGAGAUGGGGAGUGAAAGGAGAGAGGGGCUGGCAGAGGCAGCUGUGCCUCUGGAGCCGGGAGCUCACGGCACCACUCCCAGCAGCCCGAUUGCCUCCAGUGCCCAGCCUUGCCAGCCUUGAAAUCCCUUCGUGUCCCUGCUCUGCAAUUAGUGCUCAGCACUGACCCUGCUGUGGGUCCUGCUCUCCUUUCUCAACAGCUGCUAUUGUGAAGGGACAAGCUGAAUAGAGAGGCUUGGGUUUGUGGAUCAGUGAGAGGAUGCCCAUAACAACCUCUAUGUCUUUCCCCUACUGAGCAACAAUAUUAAACUUGAUUAGCAGGUGAGGGACUUUUUCUGAAUGGAGACAGGGAAGUAUUGGUACAUUUAUACUGCCAUUCUUCAGUGAAUUAUUUUUAUAGCUUUGGUUACCUAUGGUCCAGAAGGAUAAACUAAUUACUGUGGGAAGAAUGUCAUAUCUUCCUUUGCAAGAACCAUGCUGGCAUCAGAAACUGGACCAUUAAUGAUGUCUCCUUAUAAAUAUGUUUUUGGGAACAGGGAGAGAGGGGAAAAUCACAGAGGGAAAAGAAGCAUUUGAGUUAAGUGACACUACUGGCUCCAACCCAACUGGCUAGAAAUUGGUCACUAGGGAGUUCAGGCUUGAAAUUAGUAAAACCAUUCAAAGAUGAAAGUUCUGGAUCAGUUUCUCAAGCAGUGUAAUGGGGGCAAGGACCUAGAUAAUUUUUAAAAUGGAAUGCACCAAAUUAUUGAAGUGAUUGUGCAGCAGAGGAAGAAAUUUUUUUAAUAAUUAACAAGACGUCUCCCAGCUAACCCUGAAAUAUCAUGUCCAAAGGGAUUGGAAAGGAGAUUAGGUCAUCAUUUACAUUUCCCUUAUUACUAAUCCCAUGCUUGGGUGCAACAGGGAGGUAGAAGCCACAGAAGAAGCCCUUUCUUCUCCCCAGGAGAGAUGGAUAGAUAGUGACAGGAUGUAUGAUGAAGUAAGAAACUGUCCAGUGCUCUGGUGGAGGGAUGGUGCACCCCAUUUGUGUCCUCAGGUUUAACCUCUGAUUUAGAGCUGAACAGGAAUUUUCCUACAAGCCUUGUGAGCUGUGCUUCCUUCCUGCCCUCAGCCCAUGGGAUGAGGCAUGCGUCCAGUUCCAAGGUCAGUGUGGGAGCCUCCUUCUACCAUCAGCAGAGAGAAUCGUGCAUUUUGGGGGAGGGGUAACUCAUCUGACCUAUAUUCCACAUUUACUUUGGGCUGAGACAAAGACUGCUCCAAAAAUGCAUAUCCCUUCUUGCUGCCCACACUGGGAAUUGAGAUGGAUAGUUGUAUGGCAGAGGAAUCCUUUUGUCCUGAGGACAGGGUAUGGCAAGGAGAAAAAAGGAGGUUUUUUUUCUCAGAACAGCUGCUCUGAUGAGUUCCCAGGCAAACAAGCAUUUGUUUAAGAUGGGAGGAAUUAAGUUCUUCGAAUCAUUGGUUGCCUUGGCUAUUCAAAACUUUCAUCAGCUCUCACCUCAUCAGUCCCUCUCUUUGAUGGAUGUCAGGGAGAGUUUUACCACCAAGCUUUGUGGAAGGAGAGCUGAGCUAACAUGAAAGUAGUUUGUUGUGUGUGUGUCUGCAUGUGGUUAGCACAGCAAAACAAGACUCCGAGGCCUGCAGCUUUUCUGAGAUACGCUCAUUUACAUCGAGAUGUGCUACCCAAUUACUGCAGAGCCCUUUCAUGGCACUUUCCUUUUGAGAUUGUGGUGCAUCUUACACAUGUGAACGUUUAGGUGUGUGUACGUGAUGUGCAUGUUUAAGCCUUUACUGUGGUGUGGGAAGAGGAAAUGUAUUGUUUGCCCAUUUGAAGAGAAGAAGAGAAGAGUCCUGGGGGUUUUUCCUCUUAGGAAGUAAUCAUGCUUUGUAAGCAUAUUUCUCAUAAGUAGGUAUGCUUGAAAUGUUUAUACUUCACGUUCAAAAAGUAAACUACUCUGAAUAUAAUAUCAGUUAUACAACACCUGCAUGACUGCAUUAUCAUUUGAACUGACGUGGAAACUAUUUUUAAAAUCAUCUUUGCUUUCUGGUGCAAUAACUUUCUUUCUGAGUUACCUGAGAGAUACAAGACUGUUCUCACAUUGGGGAGGUUGAGAGUAACUGAAGUGGAAACAAGGAGAUUAUUUAUAUCUCAAUUACAGUACUGAGACAGAAUUAUGAAUGAAAGCAAUCUGGAAGCCUCCAGAGGAUAUUUCAUUGCCUCUUAGUCUCCUUUCUCUUCUGGAACAGCAGUAAAACUGUAUUGUGAGGAAGCUGACAGGAUGUGGCCUCAGUCAACCAUUGUUAGAUGUGAAUUUGUGAAUCAGAGGCACAGACUGGAAUUUUGCUCACUUCUGUUUGGAGACAAGGCUGUAAAUGUUGAAUAAACUCCAGAGUGACUCUGUAUGGACCUAUAUGGUCAAUUGUGGGUGACUGUGCUUCUAUCCAGCUGUAGAGGUGUCAUCUACCAGAAAGCAUUUCCUUAUUUUAGUAUGUUUCUUCUGUUCUGUGCAAUGCAGCCUGCUGAGGUAUGAAAAGGAAUAACCUCCCUUUAUAACCAAUCUACAUCUGUGAAUGAGCUCCAUUCUGAAGCUGUUGAGGUGCCAGUCAUUUCCCCAGAGAAAUUACUCUCCUGGCUUUGCUAGCUGACAGCUCCAUCCACAGUGUCUGCAUGCAUUUGAACUGGAUCAUGGGGGGUCAGCCUGGUGAAGGGUGGGUGAAAUGGGAGAAAAGCAAAGUUUUCACCCCAGUUCAACUGGUACAUUAAAAGAAAUGCACAGCCUUGAUAUAUAGCCACAGUCAUCACUGGUAGCAACUGUUGUUAGCAGAAGAAUUACAUUCAGCCCCUGCAAUUUGAAGUCAGAACCAGAUCCAUUUCUUCACCUGAUUUUUGGGUGGAAAUAAGGUGGGAAACCAUGACAGUCUCCAAGAAGUAUGAUGGAUGAGCAUGGCUGAGCCAUUCCACCUGGAGCCCUCCUACCUGGAGCACACAUCAACAACUCUCAAACUGUGUAGUUCUCACCUGUCAGGUAGCUGUGGUCUCCUGUGGGAGCUUCACUUUCAGCCACCCUGGUUGGCAGUGGCAGUGUCACCUUUCCCAGGCCUGGUCCCUGGGAUAUUUUCCCCUGUGAUUGAGGGAGGACUGAGCACCUGUUCAGCUCUCUGUCAGAAAGGAGGGAACCCAGCCUUAAAACAGAGUGUAGAGUUAUGAAGCCUGAAGAAACAAAUCCUGAAUGCCUGCUGAAGUCAGGUAUUGCUGCUCUUCUGAAGCAUGACUUUGCUUGGUGCCCUUCUAGACCCAUGUGGAGGUUCUCCUGCCUGGGAUGAACUUCUCGUGUCAGCUUGCCUUCAAAAACCCCCUCCCUCUUCCUUGAAUUAGGAUUCAGGAUGAGAAAACAUUCCCUUUCCUUCAGAGAGAUCUUUUCUAAGAAAUUAUUCUUUUUGUUAUCUCAGUCUGUCUGGUCUUUCUCAUAGUUGGCUUGGUCUGUGUUCCACCACUUUCAUUCUGACAAUAAAAUGCAGUUAUCAGGUUUAAGUUGCUUUAUGCCUGUACUGGAGUUUUACACUCUGAUCUGGAAGUAAAAUCACAAAGCAAACAUUGCAGAGAAGGUUACAAUAACACUCUGGGGAUUUCAGUUUGACACAGACCUAUUUCUGCUGCUCAUCACAGGAUCAUUUUAUCUCCCAACGUCCACCUAUAAUCACAUCAAAUGGAUUUCACUGUUUUGAUUGCUUUUGAAACAACACAGCUGUUGUGUAACAAUCUGGGUGUGUGUGAACUGGCACUUCUUGAGCACUUGAAGCAGGGAGCAGAAGAAGAGAAGGCAUCAGAACCUGGCUUGGUGAAGCCUUCUGUGGUGUAACCAGCAGAGCUGCAUGUGGGGAACAGUGAGGUACACUGUGAGUGCUGGAAAACUCAGUGAAAUAAUGUUUAGCAAAGUAUUGUCACUGCCACUUCACCACUCAUUAGCUCCCGUCCUGUUGGUCAGGAGGGCAUAAAAGCCAGAGGUCUACUCCCAGCUGGGCUUUUGGGCUGCCAGUCUCCCCAUGUGGUGAGGGUGGGUGCAGGUUUGGUCCAUGUGUGGGCUGCUACAGGAGAUGGGACUGUGGAGAGAUGGGAGCGUGCCCUCCCCUGCAAGCCCUGCACUUACAGGCUGCACCUACCCCCAGCCAGCCUUUUACAGUCAGCCUGUCUGCCUGAGUGCCCACAGUGACCUGGGGCCACUGACCUGAGAAGGGCCAGGGAGAGGGCAACCACCUCCUGCUGCCAUCAGAGGGACCUUGCUGCUAAUGUGGCAGGGCUGGUCUGGUCGGGUUGUGACCUGCUGGCUCUCCAUUUCAGCUGAUUCCAACUCCUGUGAAAGAUGCAGCCUUCUUCUUUUACUUCCCACUGUUAACAGGUGAAGCAAGUUUCUCUUUAAAACUGUUUUAAUGGACUUCCCAAGGGUUUUCUCCUUUUGUGGCAAACACAGACUGACAGUGAGUAUUAAAGUUAUCCUUUUUUGCUGUGGCUUCUCAUCUUUUAUGGUAGAGACAUUGUGCAAUGCACCUUUUGGACUAAAGUACACGCAGGGUGAGGUAUUAAUCAGUCCAGCCUGUUGUCUCUAUAGUCUAUUUACAUCUGUGAAUGAACCCCAUUCUGAAGCUGUUGAGGUGCCAGUCAUUUCCCCAGAGAAAUUACUCUCCUGGCUUUGCUAGCUGACAGCUCCAUCCACAGUGUCUGCAUGCAUUUGAACUGGAUCAUGGGGGGUCAGCCUGGUGAAGGGUGGGUGGAAGGGGAGAAAAGGAAAGGAGAAUAUCUGACAGAAUUUUUUGGGUUGGAAAAGACCCUAAAGAUCAUCUAAUUCCAACCCCCCCUGCCAUGAACAGGGACACCUUCCACCAGAGCAAGUUGCUCAAAGCCCCAUCCAGCCUGGCUUGGAACACUUCUAGGAAUGAGGUAUCCACAGUCCCUCUGGGCAAUCAGUUCUAGUGUCUCACUACCUGCACAGAAGAUAAUUUCUUCUUGAUGUCUCAUCUAAAUUUACCCUCUUUUGGUUUGCAGCCAUUCCCCCUUGUCCUACCAUUACGUGCCUCUGUAAAUGUCCUCUUCCAUCUCUCUUCUAGGCCCCCUCAGGUACAGAAAGAUUGCAUUAAGGUCGCUUUGGAGCCUUCUCUUCUUCAGGCUGAACAACCCCAAAUUUCUCAGUCUUUCAAUCCCAAUUCCCAACCUUUCUGUGCCAGGUAAAUGGAAAUCUAGUUCAGUCAGAAAGAUCUGCUUUUAAACCCAAAUCUAAGUGUACCAGAAAUUCAUCUGGAGCACGUUGGUAGCAAGGGGCUAGGAGCUGACUCCAUGGAUUUAUGUAUUGGCAGGGUGGAGGUGACACUCUCUGCUCCCAGCUCAGCUGCAGCUGGAGCAGUGUCUCCUACUUUUCUAUCAGCCCUGACAGCUGGUCUGCAGCAAUCCCUGCAUGACAUAUCCUGAGGUAAGAGAGAGGGAAAGCUUGGAUCAAAGCUGUGUUUGAAUGUUCUGGUAGGCUCUGACUGUAUCUGGCUGGCUGACAAGUCACUUUUACACUCCUUGGGUAUAUUUCAGAGGGAAAAGGGAAAGUCACAGACGUGUUCAGUGGUAAACCUGCCAGCGGUGUGAAGGGUGGCCAGAUGAGACAAUGUGCUUUGUUAAGGAAAACCCACUUUUGUUAAGGAAAACACACCCACAGACUCCUGGAGGCACCCUGCUCCCAGUUACAGUGCCACUGGGGAGGAUUGGACCCAGCCUCCCAGCCUUCCUAAACCCACAAAUGCCCUGUCUCCUGGCAUGGCACUCUGCCAGUGCUCCCACGCUGCUGUGUGUGAGCCUUGCCCUCCAAACGUGUCACAUUUGGGGCUGGCAUCACCACCACCUCCCCUGAGAGGGUGAUCAAUGGUGAGAAGGUGAACAAUGGCCACAUGCUGGCAAGCAGCAGCCCUGGUGCAGCCUGGAAACCCUUCUGGCUAAGAGCUGAUUUGGCUUCAGGCACUUCCCCCCCCAGCCUUCCAGCUUGCAGGGGAAUAAUUUCCUAAGGGAGCAGCAGAGCUUUCCUUCAACACCUAGUGGUGACAGAAAUGCACGAACUGGGGCUUUCACAGAGGGGGCAAUGGGUAUCUUCCAGGUGAUGGCAUCCCUUUUCCUCAGCCUGGCACUGGGGUGAGGUGAGAGCUGAGGGCAGGUACUCACACGUGCCCUCAGAGAUCUGGGUCCUUGCCCUACGGUUUUGGUGCCUCUGCAAAACUGGGUCAUCUCCCAAGUCCGUGCCUGAGCUCCAGCUCUGGAAACACCAACAUGUGUUCAGACUUAGAACAGGCAGGCUGCCUACAGACCCCCAGUUUGGGAUAGAUGCUGGGGAUUGCCCCAGAGUCCAGAUACCCUACAGCCUCCUUAAUGGGACCUCCUGCUCCCCUUCAGGGCUUAGAGGGCUCUUACAGAGGGCAGGACCACUUUGGUUGGUUUGUUGGUUUCUGUGACACUUCCUUUUGCAAAGUUGCUGUUUCCCCUUUGCCAUGGUUCAGUGGAUAGCAUUUACAGUUCAACCAAUAACAAGAAAAUGUUUUUGCACUCAGGUAUCAAUAACAAAGAGCUUAACUAGGACAUGAUCAGGCCCAUGACUCUGAAUAAUGCAAGCUAGAGUGUUAUAGAUACAGGUUAGAGUGCUACACAAGGGAAACCAAAGACAACUAAAGUAUCUGACAAAAUAAAUAAACAGAAGGUCUCAGCCAGAAUCUAGAUUGCAUUGCUGAGUCUCAAAGUGUGCCUUUGGUUCCACACCAAAGUGUGCCUUUGGUUCCACUUGUUUUUUGCUUUUCCACUUGAGCUGCCAAUGUGGUAUCACCUAGUUCUGGGGGCAGAGGGAAGGAAGAAAGUCCCCUCCCUUCAGAGAGGUUUAACCAGUCUGAGCCACAGGAAGAUGACUGCUUCCAUCUCCCACCCCUGCAGGGAGCAGUGGCAGAAGCCAGGAGGUGAUUUGGGCCAGGACAGGGUGAGGAAGCAGGGCAGCUGCACAGCCCUGUUGUCUUUUGUUAGGACCAUCUCUUGGGGGCUGGAGGUGAAGAGGGGAGGGGAGCUAACACCUGCUGGGUCCCUGCUGGGCUUUGUGGAGGCUGUGGGGUGGAGGCUGGGGUGCCCCUCCUCCUGCAAGCAGAGCUGCAUGACAAUGCACAUCUCUGGCACAGCCCUGUUUGUAAUAUUUUGCAGCAGAAUCUUACAAACCCCAUCAGCCUUAGACCUGCUUGGGUGCCUGGUAGGCAAGCACUGUGGUCCUCAAUGUUCUCAUCACAGUGCCCCUCAAUGGUUGCUUUAUUUUCCCUUAAACUCUUCUCAUCUCUUCUGUGGUAGGUGCAUCCAUGUCUUGCACAUCUGUUUCUCCCAAUCACUUCAGGAUUUUGUGCAAUUUGUCCCCUUUGCAAAGAAUUUUGAAUGGCUGUGGGUGUGCAAAUAUCUCUUUUUGUCUCUCAACUAGAGCCUCUGUGGGCAGCAAUUGUGUACAGUACAGCACAGAUGCAGUCUUUAAAAAAUAAACUGGCUACCUGCAGGCAAACAGUUAUGCUGGCACCUAGAAAAUAGCAGUGAGAUCUUCAUAUACUGCAGGAUCAUCUGCCUUGCCCUGCUGUAAAAACAUCUCCUUGUUUGUGCAUGGAUGAGUGUCCUGUACCCUGGUGGUGCCUCACAGCAUGCUUAUGAACAGCUCUCACUCACAUGAGUGGCAUUCCAUCAGGAAACAGGAGCAAUACCGGGCAAUUAAGAUAAUCAGCUCACAAUGGGAAAUGUCACAGCACCAUUAAAAAAAUGUGUAAACAGCUCACAGGCUGUAAAUAUUUUUCUCAUUGAUUAAUUUUAAUUUGUGUUUCUGACUCGUUAUGCAGUAAGAAUAAGGUGAGAAUUAGAUCACAAGUCAAUAAGAUCAGGAUAAAGAAAAUGAAAGAAUGUGCAAAAUUUUCUCAUAAUGGAUCAUGCAAACAAGUCUCAUUCUACUGUGUAGUGAUUAGCAUUGGCACAUACAAUAAGUAUAAGAAGGUGGUCUGUGGCAUGACCAUACAGUUUGGCAAAUGCAGGACAAAUUCAGGAUAAUCCACACUGUCUGCUUUUGAGGAGAGAGACCAGGAAACAGAAAGUGGGAAAUUAAACCCUAACCCAAAUGUCAUUUGGCUUUAGAUAACAGUGCUGGUAUCAAAUGUGCAAGAUGAUUUACUCAGUCUUUUGCUUUUGGUUUUACAAAGUCUGGGUAUGCCUUUAAUUUUGAAGGUAGUGGUAGAUUGUCAGCAUACUGCUCCACCCACAGUGAAAACCACAGCUCAAAUGGCUCUACCAUGAAAUAAACAGAGGCUCAAGAUUUGUCUGGAUGACUGGUUAUCUUUACAAAAGUGAUACAGACCUCAAUGUGAUGAUAAUGUGACACAGAUAUUUAUAAAAUAACUGUUGUUGUGCUUGUCUCUGUAGCUCCUUUGUUCUCUGAUUUAGGACUUAUUAAAAUGUCAGCAGCUAUUUAUUAUGCUGUGAAUUUAUACAGUGCUUGGCCUAAAAUAUUGUUUCUUUAGAUUUUCCAAAACAGUGUGAAGUUAUGGUCAGUACAGCAAGGAUGACUGAUGUUGUUAACUGUGUAUUCUCAGCCUCAGCCUGUGGAUUUAAUCCAUGAUGUGUAAAGGAAACACUGUAUUACAGAGCAAAUGUAAGUGGUGUUUAUUCAUUGUGAGGGUGUGGGGGCUGGAAAAUGUGACUGAGUCAUAAAAUCCCAAGCUUUCCCAAAAUUUGGGUGUGUUCAGAAGCAGAGUUUUCAUCCCUGUGACUAUACAUGAGACAACUAACACAGUCUCAUUUAAUUCAGGAGAGACGCUUGAAAAACAUCAAUAUUUUGAACUCAGUUUCUCACAUGGCAAGAUGAUAAGAUCUUUUCAUAAACCCUCCUUUUUCACAGUCCCUUUCCCUGGGCAUUGGGCCUUUUAUUACUGAGGCCCAUGGAGGCAAUAACUGCCCCACACCUCUCUUAGCCUAGGAUUUGCCAGUGUGGGAUUUGUCAGGCUGGGUAAUUAAGGCUGCUCUUCACUGCUGAGGUUCACUUCCAGCUCAAGCUGCACAAAACACAGCUGGUGCUCUCCCUGAGUGGACGAGUUCUGGCUGGGCAUGGUCUUGGACACCCCUGAGGAGUCUCACCCUGAACCCAGCUAAGACCAGCUGGCAGUGCCAAGCUGCUCAUCCCUGUGGAUGGAGAAGGCCCUGGCAGCACCCAGGGCAGGGCUGGGGUCUGCAGCUGCUGCUGGCCCUUGGUUGCACAAGGAGCUGCUUCCCUGUGCCAGGCCAGGGGCUGUGGGUGGUGGAUGCCACUUCCCAUCUGUGCCUGGCCAAGGAGGAUGCUCAGUGCUGUUGCCUCAAGUAAGUAAUUAUUCCAGAGUAGGCUCAGCUUGGAAAACACCCUCCCCUUUUGGCAUGACCUGUCUCUAUGCUGGGACUUCUCAGCAUUGUGGGGAAAUGAAAUGAACACAAACAACACAAACUCUGAGCCUUGGCCACUGCCAUCCAAACUAAACAGGGUGUGGGCAUAGUGAUCCCACUUGGCUUUUUCUGCAUCUCCAUUCAUGGCUGGGAGGGAAGAAUUAACCCCGCUCCUGCUAAGCUGCCCUGCCGACCCUUUCCAGGCAGCAGAUGGGUGUGUUGCUGCUGGCAUUGCUGCUGGUGUCCCUGCUAGCCACGGGCACAAGGAAGGAGGUGUCCCCUGGGGUUGGGGAUGUGCUGCCACUGCACUGUGCAGGGUCCUGCUGGCGCUGACUGCACCCUGCGGGGCUGAGCUCUCUGUGCUGUCUCUGAACUGUGGGGAAGCUGCACACUAAAUCCUGCUCUGAUCCUGACAUUGCUGUGCAGGGUCCUCUUCUCCCUCUGUUUUGGGCUCCCUGUAGGUGCUGUCACUCCUGCCUGUCCCAUCUCUCCCUUCAGCCCUCCCCUGUGUCACUGGCAUAGUUGUUUUGUGACAAGAAGGUGGUAACAGGGCCCAACAGUCUUCUCAGGCAGAUGUGUAACUCUCUCUGUGUAACUUUGCUGCAGUUGUUCCAAGGAGUGACAUCUGUCUUUGCUCUGAGCUGGGUGACAGAUCCAAGCUGCCACCCUAAAUCACUUCCCAUCUACAGUCUUCGGGAACAAGGACAGGGCAUGUUGCUGUUGGAUCCCCAAAAUGUGCUAAGUUUGUGCAUCUGCUGUUGGGUUUCCUGAUCUCUGACAGUGCAGCAAGUGGAAGAGUUGCAGCUGCUCUGCCAGAGCCUCUGUGUGUUCCAAAAACCCCAGAGGUGUGCGCCCAGCCUGCCCAGAGUCCCUUGGACUGAAUGUCCAGGCUGUCCAGAACUAUUGCUGAUGCUCUCUCACAGCAGGGAGAAAUAUGACUGUUUGUGUUCUGCAUCCCCCUUUUAUUUCUGUUUUUGCCAAGAUAGGUUACUACUCUAAACCUAAUGGGUUUAGGAGCUUCAUCAUUUAUUUUUCUAACCUGAGUGAUUGUAUUCCCACAGGUCCAGAUAAUGAAAAGCUUCUGAUGGCAACAGCUCUGUGUAUUGACAAGAAAGAGAAAUGUGUUUAGGAGCCUAGAAGAUUACAUAAAAAGACAGCGUUAAGAGGAAAAUCUGCUUUCCUGAGUCACUGCCCUGACACUGGAGGAUGAUGAGGAGGAGGCUCAGAGAAUUUUCUGAAAAAGUUCUGCAGGGCAGAGGAGUUGAACAGUUGAUCACAUGCAGGAGCACAGGAUAGAUGGAGUACAGCUGACUCAACAACUACAGGGGAUUUGGGCUUUGCAAUGGAACAGGUAUGGUUGCUGCUCCUGCUGACGAUUGAAGUGCUCCCGGUGACUGCUCAGUUCAAUGGAUACAACUGUGAUGCUAACCUCCAUAGCAGGUUUCCUGCUGAGAGAGAUAUCAAUGUUUUCUGUGGAGUACAGACAAUUACUAUGAAGAUAAAUUUUUGCACAGUUCUUUUUUCUGGUUAUUCUGAGACAGAUCUGGCACUGAAUGGGAAACAUGGGGAUGCUCACUGCAGGGGCUUCAUCAAUAACAACACCUUUCCUGCAGUGGUCAUUUUCAUCAUCAAUCUGAGUACUUUGGAAUCUUGUGGAAACACUUUAGUGGUAUCCUCAGCUCGAGGUAUCAAUGCCUAUGGAAAUACCUCAGUGGUACAGAUAGGUAAUGUUUCAGGUUAUAUUGAUACACCAGACCCACCAACGAUUAUCAGCUAUUUGCCUGGGCUCCUGUACAAAUUUAGCUGUAGCUACCCACUGGAGUACUUGGUUAACAAUACCCAGCUCGCUUCGUCAUCAGCUGCUAUUUCUGUAAGAGAGAACAAUGGUACAUUUAUCAGCACUUUGAAUUUGUUGCUUUACAAUGAUUCAACCUACAGCCAGCAACUCCUUAUUCCAAGCACAGGUUUACCUUUGAAAACCAAAAUAUAUGCAGCUGUAAGAGCAACCAACCUUGAUGGCAGGUGGAAUGUUUUGAUGGACUACUGUUACACCACACCUUCUGGCAAUCCUAGUGAUGAUCUUCGAUAUGAUCUUUUCUUCAGCUGUGACAAGGACCCGCAGACAACCAUAAUUGAGAACGGCAAGAGUCAAAUGGGCCGGUUUUCCUUUGAGGUGUUUCGCUUUGUGAAGCACAAGAACCAGAAGAUGUCCACGGUCUUCCUGCACUGUGUGACGAAGCUGUGCAGAGCAGAUGACUGUCCCUUUCUUGUGCCAAUCUGCAGUAACAGAGAAAGAAGAGACACUGGUGGAAGGACGACUUGGCACCCUCAGAGCACAUCUGGCAAUGCUGUAAUCUCUGCUGGCCCCAUCAUUACCAGGAGUGAUGAGACGCCAACCAACAAUUCACAGCUUGCUCACCCAAACGGACCUCCUUUCCAGAUGAACACGGUCACCAGUGCGCUGAUUUCAGGCAUUGUCAUCCUAGGAAUUUCAAGCAUUUUCUUUUUUGUAUGUUCUCUAACCCUUCUGCACAGAAACUGGCCCAACAGUUUGGUCCUGAGUGGCAUCCGAAACCCAGUUUUCAACUGAAAGUGAUGAUUUGUGUGCACUUUUUGUUUGGGGUUGCCUUUCUUGCCUGUGAAGUAUGAUUCCAUUAAAAAGUAAUAUUAAGGCAACACUCCAGUGGUAUCCAGCUUCUGUUCCAGCUAUUCUGUAUUUGUAGAUUUGCUAGAUGAUGUUGUGUAGGUAAGCAGCAGUGAUGUUGGUAACAAGCCUAGAAAAUGUUGAGAAUCUCAAUUGUGUUUGCGAUCAGACUGCACGACAUUGGCCCAUGAAUGUGUGGAUAACAGAGCUCACGUCUUCAUCUGCUCAGUAAGGUCUAAAAGCUGAAGAGGCUGCAGAUGAGAACCUUUCCAAGUGUGCCACUUUAAUACAUAGGCUGACAUAUUCAGGAAAGUUCAUAAGUUCAUGAACACCUAGUAAGAUAAGGAUAACUUCCCUUUUGUCAUUACAUUUUUCACAAAAACAAAUGUGUCUCAGGAGGAAUUUGUUUUCAGUUGUCUUGGCUAAAAAUAACUGAAGAGAGGCUUGGAACAAGGGACUUUUACUUAUUUGUAAUUUGGACGUAUUUUCUUAUGUAUAUCUUCCAUUGGCUUGUGGAGGUAUCGUGUAUCAAGUUUCUCCCAAGCCUUCCUCACAGAAAAUUAUUUUUGGAGCACAAUUUGGCAAGAGAGUAAAGCUCUCACUAAUACACUAUUUGUUAAGGGCAAGUUUUGCUCCGUGAGUUUUUCAGUUCUCAGAUAAAGCCUUCAUUUCCACACGAACAGUCAUCAAUCAGUGCUUAUUUCUUUAGCAGGUUUUCUGCAUGAGUUAGACUUGUUCACUGCAUAGAUGAGGGGAAGAGGGCAACUAGAAGGAUAACAGGCUACAAGCAGAUCCGUCCUGUUGCCUGUAGUCAGUCUGAUGAACAUCUGACUUACCUGAAGUGAGUGUGAGUGGCAGGUGCCCUCAAACAGGAGCACAAGGCAGUGGCUCAGCUGUGUAGAGUAGACAAAAAUGCUGGUACUAGAGAGGCCACCAUAGACACAACAUAUUAAGCUGGACUGGAUAGACAGUUGGGAUUUUGGUCACACAUACAGCAGUUAAAUUUCAUUUUUUGUGUACUGUACAUAUUGGCCUAGAAACACCUCAUUGAUAUUUAUCAUCAUCCUGUGUUAACUGUGUCUGAUGUGUCAGAACUGGCUAAUGAUCAGGGCUUUUUGGCUCUCAAGGCUAAAGACAAAUUCAGUCUUGUUCUCAGUUUUCUCUGACCCUGCAAAUGCUGUAUAAAGGCCUGUUUGCAAAUUCCACUGUGCUGUAGGGCAGUAUCCCUAACAACCAAUACUGUGCCUGUUUUCCUCCAGUCUUAAUACCUCAGAAACAUUUUUGCACUUCAGGGGUUAGGUCUGAUGACAUGUAAAACACGAUUGUUUAAUAAAAUUAAAC